CCGGUCACGCCCACUUCUGCGUCACGUGAUCAAACCAACAUGGAGACGCUGUCGAGCGCGGCAUGUUUUGUCAGAAAAAGUCUGUCGGCCGCCGCGUCGCCUUUGACUCUGCACGUCGUGGCGGAGUGUCCGGUGACCAAAGCCAGGGCUUGCGACUUGAAACUGCCGCACUGCACCGUCAGCACGCCGGUGUUCAUGCCGGUGGGGACCCAGGGGACCAUGAAGGGGAUCACCGCGGACCAGCUCGAUGCCCUCGGCUGUCACAUAUGUCUGGGAAACACCUACCACCUGGGCAUGAGGCCGGGGCCUGACUUGAUUGAAAAGGCCAACGGCUUGCAUGGAUUCAUGAACUGGAAAAGAAACCUUUUAACGGACAGUGGAGGCUUCCAGAUGGUGUCUCUCGUCGAACUGUCCGAAGUCACGGAGGAAGGGGUCACGUUUAAGUCCCCCUACGACGGAGAAACUAUCCUUCUUAGUCCCGAGAAGUCCAUCAGCAUACAAAACAGUCUUGGGUCGGACAUCAUGAUGCAGUUGGACGACGUGGUUAGCAGCACGGUGACGGGGCCGCGUGUGGAGGAAGCCAUGCACAGGUCCAUCCGCUGGUUGGAUCGCUGCAUAGCGGCCAAUAAAAAUCCAGACAGACAGAACCUCUUUGCCAUCAUCCAGGGUGGGCUGAACGCCGGGCUUCGGAAAACCUGUCUUGACGAGAUGACUAAGCGGGACGUCCCCGGUUUUGCCAUCGGAGGUCUAAGCGGAGGCGAAGAGAAGGACGACUUCUGGAGGAUGGUGACCCUCAGCACGGACCACCUCCCUCGGGAAAAGCCUCGCUACCUGAUGGGCGUCGGAUACGCUGUGGAUCUGGUCGUGUGCGUGGCUCUGGGAUGCGACAUGUUCGACUGCGUGUUUCCCACCCGGACCGCCAGGUUCGGCUCGGCGCUGGUGCCCUGGGGGUCCCUGCAGGUGAAACAGAAGCAGUACGCCAAAGACUUCCAGCCCAUAGACCCCGACUGCCGGUGUCCCACAUGCAAAAGACACAGCCGGGCGUACCUGCACGCCCUCUUUAAAAGCGACACGGCAGCCAUGCAUCACGUCACCAUCCACAAUAUCGCCUACCAGCUCAACCUGAUGCGCUGCGUGCGACAGAGCAUCGUGGAGGGCCGCUUCCCGGAUUUUAUACGCACGUUUAUGCGACGGCUGUUCCCCUCCUGCGACCUGUACCCUCGCUGGGCCGUGGACGCUUUGGCCUCCGUCAACAUCACUUUGGAAUAACUCUUUUAUUCUGCUGCACAUGGACACAUUUUUAUAUAUCUUUUUAAACUUAUUUUUUGUAUUUUUUUUUACAGACAAUCCAUUUCUUCUUUGUACAAAAGCAGUGAAGUUGUCACCUUGUGUAAAUGG